AUGUGGCAAAAUGAUAGCGAGCCACAACAUCCGAGCACAUCAGCUUCAGCCAGAGUAUCAAAUAAUGUCAAACAUUCGAGCACAAAUAAUCUUGUCAGGUCCAAAUCAUCGGCUUCACUUUUCAAAAGAGCUAUCAGUUUACAGGUUUGUAGAAUCUUUUGACUUUAAUUUUUAAAAAAUUUUUGGAUAAAAUUUUUUCAGUUUCUAUCAAAGAAUGCUGAAAGUGCUGUAGAUCGAGAAAAAGCUGCGCACAUCAAAAUGCGCUACAAAGAUACUGCAAAAUAUGUGAUAUGGCCAACGUGUAGACUACCUGCUGAUAUUUAUCAAAUUAUUAGUUGUGGGGUGAGUUUGAAAAAGAGCCAAAAAUGAGUUGUGCUCAUUUGAGAGAGCAUGUUCACGCCUGACGAGGCGUGUCCAAAAAGGAUACUGUACAAAAAAUUUCAAAUAAAAAUUCCCGCUCAAACCAAAAUUUCGAUUCGGGCGGGAAGCUAAUAAAAAUUUUCAACUUUUUUUUUCAUUUCACUGCACAUUAUUUCACGAAGUGAAGUGUUCAUUGAUUUCCAGCGGAUUUUGAUGAAAAUAUUUUUUAAAAAAUUCAAAAUUUCACGCUGAACAAUUUUUAUUCUGAAAAAAUUUUCACGCUGCACAAAAAUUUUGAGACAUUCUCUCGCCAAGUGUGAGCAUGUUCUAAUUAGCACAAUAAAAAAAGGAUUUUUUCUGCAAGCUUCUCAAACAUUACUACUGGACAAAUGGAAUUUCAAGCCAUUUUUCACUAUUUUUUUGAGUUUCAAAAUUUUUAAAUUAAUGUUUGAGAAGCUUCCAGAAAAAAUCCUUACUGAUUAGAACAUGCUUUUUUCAAAUGAGCAUAACUUAUUCUUUGCUCAGAGCUUUGAAAAGAGCUUUGUGAAAAAUUUCUGUGUUUCAAAAUUGUGUUGAAAUUAUUUGAAGUGAUUUUUGGUUUUCAGGAUAGAAAUAUUUGAUUUUGUAUAAUUGUAUUGUUAUAAUUCAAAAAACAAUUUCUUGAAUUUACAAAAGUGUUUUGAUUUUUGAAAAAUAAAAUUAAAAUCUUUCGAGUUAGUGGAACUUCAAAAGAACUUCUAAUAAAAAAAAACAUUUUUUUUUUCAAAUUUGAGACCUGAAAUUAACCCAUUCUUUCAGCAAGCCGCUCCAACAAUAGCCAAAUCCGAACAUGAUCCUCGAACUGUUCUUAUGCAACCCGACAUCGAAGAUCAUCGAAGUCCAUACAUGCCGUGCACAAUUAAUCACGUCCUCCGAUCAGAUUCUGAAGACUCAAGUGAAGCUGAACAAGUUCUCGAAAUGACACGGUUGUGA